UCUUUAUAGGUAACUGUCACUGUACUUGAUGAAAAUGACAACGCACCUGUCUUUACCAAUGGUCCAUACACUGCUUCCAUCAUGGAGAAUGUGGUGACAAACUCACCUGUCAAGACUGUCAUGGCAACGGAUGCAGACCUGGACACCAUCAUCUCCUACAGUAUCAUCGACGGUGCAACCAACCUAUUCUCCAUCGACUCCACCACCGGUCAGAUCAAGACCAGGGGUGUGAUUGACCGGGAAUCUUCCGCCGUCUACCAGCUCCAGCUCCAAGCAUCUGACGGCACGCUGAGCUCAACGACCACCAUCGACAUCGAUCUCCUGGAUGAAAACGAUAAUGACCCCGAGUUCUCCAUGUCCAUCUACUCUUUCUUGGUUCCAGAAGAUGAGCUGGUGGGUGAGGAUGUUGGUGUCAUCAUAGCAACAGACCCUGAUGCAGGCUCAAACGGGGAGGUGGUAUACUCUGUGGUGGAGGAAGGAGCUCCUGGAGAAGAUGUCUUUUACCUGGAUCCGAUGACAGGAGCUUUCAGGCUACAACAAACACUAGAUUAUGAAGUGAAGCAGCAUUACUACUUGACAGUGACGGCUACGGACAAGGGAUCAUCUCCAAGGAGUUCAAUGGCCACAGUCUACAUCAAUGUAGAGGAUGUGAAUGACAAUGAUCCAAUCUACAACCCUGUCUACUACAGUGAAGAAGUGCCUGAAGAUGUGGCCAUCGGGACUUCAGUUGUCAGCCUGACUGCCACUGAUCUUGAUUCAGGCUUGAAUGGAGAGCUGCAGUUCAGCAUUGUUUCAGGUGACCCAUCUAAGAGGUUCACAGUGUACCCCAAUGGAACCAUAGUGACCAUCAGGAACUUGGACAGAGAAGAAGAGUCCUUCUACAACCUUGAAGUGGUUGCAUCCGACAUGACGCUUGACCCAGCAAACAGGAGGUCCAGUACAGCACAGGUUUCCAUCAUCGUGACUGACAUCAAUGACAAUGCUCCUCGCUUCACAAGCCCCGAUUCUGUUGAAAUCGCAGAGAACACCCGUACCAAUGUCAUCAUCAUGGUCCUACGUGCAGAAGAUAAGGACGUGGAGCGGAACAGCUAUGUGGAGUAUUACUUGCUGACAUCCGGUGUGCCUUUUGCUGUAAGCAGAGUUGAAGGCAACAUGCAAGUGACCGGUUCAUUGGAUCGUGAGACAGAGUCCUCAUACAAUCUCCUGGUGCAGGCAACAGACAAAGGCACCUCACCUCAGUCAAGCACCAUGAAUGUUACCAUCUACAUCACAGAUGUCAACGACAAUGCUCCAGCAUUCUCAAUGACACCCUAUGAAGCUACUUUGGAUGAAGACACACCCAUAGGUUUGGAGUUCUUGAAGAUCAUUGCUUCUGAUCCUGAUGAAGGACUCAACUCCAUCAUUAGAUACUCCAUCUUCAGUGGUGACAAUGGUCAAGCUUUUGCCAUCAAUGCUGUCACUGGAGUACUCUCUGUCAAUGCCGCUCUAGACUAUGAACAAAGGUCAUCUUACACCUUGACCAUCCGUGCUCAAGAUCAGGGCUACUCCACUCAAGUUAGCUCCACUACUGUUACCAUCACUGUGACAGAUGUCAAUGACAAUGCACCAGUUUUUCAAGGUUCCUACUCCCCUAUGAUUACAGAAAAUAACCUCCCCAAUGCUGACAUUGUCCAAGUCUUUGCUGAUGAUGCGGACAGCGGCUCGAAUGGGAUGGUCAACUUCCGAUUGGAGUCUGAUUAUAAUGGUCUUUUCACCAUUGGUUCUACCAGUGGAGUGAUCCAGGUUACCGAUGCCUUGGAUUAUGAGGACCAGAAUAAUUUUGAAUUGAUCGUCAUUGCUGAAGAUUCAGGUAAGACACAAUUUCUUCUUUCUUGCAGCCUUCCCCCUUCCCUUUCCUCUAUGUUUGGAGCAUAAAUAAAUAUUUUUGCUUUUUCUAUCCAUCAAGAACUACAAUGUGUGGUCCUUUCUGUACAGGUUUCUUUAUGAUCAGGUUGUUUUAGUUUUCUUG